AAGCCGAAGUCAGUGGUGGCUGCUGCAGCUGUGCAGCGCAUGAACCGUGAUGUCAGGGUGACAGCUCACCAGAACCAGGUGGGACCUGCCACCGAACCAAUCUACCGGGACAACUUCUUCCGGCGCCUGGACGGUGUCGUCAGUGCCCUGGACACACUGGAGGCCCGUGCCUACUUGGAGAGCUGCUGCCUCCGCUGCCGCACACCAUUGCUAGAUGCGGGCACAGAAGGGCCACGGGGGAACGUGCUGGCCAUGGUGCCCCCCCUGACCAAGCCUCUGGGGACAAUUGGCACCCCGCGAGAUGGUACCUUCCCCCCCUGCACCCUACGGUACUUCCCCAGCACCAUCCAGCACACUCUGCAGUGGGCCCGUGAUGAAUUUGAGGCGCUCUUCCAGCUGCCUGCAGAGUAUAUCAACCGCUUCAUGGACUGGCAAAGCUGCUACCACGAUGCCAUUGCCCAGCUGCUGCACAUCUAUCCCCCAGAGCAUGAAGCCAGCCCGGGUGUCCCCUUCUGGGCAGGGCAGAGGAGCUGUCCCCAUCCACUGACAUUCAACCCUGACAAUGACACCCACCUGGACUACAUCCUGGCCGCUGCUCACCUCUUUGCACAAGCACACAGAGUGCCACCAUGUAGGGACAGGAUGGUCGCCCAGGCCAUCCUCCACAAUGUGGUCCUGCCACCCUUUGCACCCCAGGAAGGGCUCCAGAUCCCCCUCACAGAGGAGCAGGAGGAGAUGCAGGUGCCCACAGACCGCAGGCGGCUGACAGAGCUCACCCAGUACCUGGCACAGUGGAGACAGGAGCUGAUGGGGCAUGAGAAGGCACAAGGGCCCCUGAUGGAGCCCAUCUACUUCGAGAAGGACAACAAUAUCCAUAUGGACUUCAUCACAGCAGCAUCCAACCUGCGCGCAGAGAACUACGGCAUCCCCCCUGCCACCUGGCUGAUGAGCAAGCGGAUUGCUGGGCAAAUUGUGCCUGCCAUCAUUACCACCACAGCAGCCGUGGCUGGGCUGACAUGCCUGGAGGUCUACAAGCUGGUGUGGGGGUGCCAGGACCUCAGCUGCUACCGCAACAGCAACAUCUCCCUGUCCGAUUGCCUGCUGCUCCGCAUCCAGCCCCUGCCACCCUUCGCUUACAGG